AUGCCGAAGGAGGAGAUUGACCUUAGCCACAACAAGAUAUGGGUAUUAUACCUAGACCACUUUAAAAGACUGACCGCUUUGAGAAAACUUGACAUAUCGUAUAACAGGCUUAAAGGCGUGUUCGACCAUCAUGCUAUCAAGGCCUACCCGAAGGCUUUGAGGAGGCUGGAUUUGUCGGAUAACAGACUGGGCGAUGACUUGGACCCAGCCUCCUUGUCGCUGCCGACCGGUUGCGUCUUGCAGUCGUUUGUGGCCACGUGCCCUGAUCCGAAAAUGGGCGACCAUGCAUCUGGCGAACAUUGGCGUCCAGCACAAAACGCAACGAAGGACGAUCCACUGCAGCAGACGGAAGAACAGCGGGAAGAGCAACGGCAGGAGCCGGAGCGGAAAGUUAAUCAGCAGGAGGGGGAACAGCAACACACGGAUCAGCAAGUAAAUCAACAGGAGGAGCAACAACAGGAAGAUCAGCAGCAAGUAAAUCAACAGGAGGAGCAACAACAGCACUCGGAUCAGCAAGUAAAUCAACAGGAGCAGAAACAGCAGCACUCGGAUCAGCAAGUAAAUCAACAGGAGGAGCAACAACAGGAUGAGCAGCAGCAAGUAAAUCAACAGGAGCAGGAACAGCAGCACUCGAAUCAGCAAGUAAAUCAACAGGAGGAGCAACAACAGGAAGAGCAGCGGCGACAGUUGGAGUUGCAGCGGGCUCUGGAAAAGCUACAGGAGCAGCUGCACCAACAGCAGCAAGAGCUAGAGCAGCUGAUGGAGGCGCUGGAACGGCAGCAGCACUCUGGGAGUCACCGGGGGAGGGACGGAGAGGUCGGACGAGAGAGCACCGCCGCAGACGCGACGAGUGAUUCCGCCACGAGCAACAAUGGCGGAGGCCUCUCUAUGGGGAUGGUGGGGGCGAUGUUUCUGCUAAAUAUGGUGUGCAGCCUGCUUCUGCUGACGAUGUUCAAAACGAAGCUACACAAACGGAUCAUCUCCGCACUCUUCCGAAAGAAGCAGGAGCAGCAGCAAGAACAGCAGCAGCAGCAGGGGUCGUCACAAAAUGAAGAGUAGCACAAUGGGCAUCACUGUUAUCAACACUCCGUUUUGGUGGGGUUUUGAAGGACGAAAUCACAUAAUCGUUUUUUGUUAAAUAUCACAUAUUCCGUUGACUAUCAAAUGUAUAUUAAAUGUAUAUUUUGCUCCAGUAUAUAGUUUAACAUUCUACUUAGCAAUAUAUUGUGAGAAUUCUGUACUUUGAUUACAGAUUUUUCGGUGAGGGUCUUAGAAACAAGAGGAAUAAAUUAACAGAAACUACAACACAUUUUCACUGUCAUUGUAUAUUAUCCUUGACCCGCAUUCAAAAAAUGAAGCAACAGAGAAAUGUACUCUGGUAUGAAUAUAAGAGAGAGCACAUGAGUGAAUAAUAAUACACCUU